UUUAUAUUUCCUCCCCGAUUGUCUUUAAAAUCCAUCAACGACUCACACCACUGUCAGAAACUCACUACUCUCUCUCUUUCACACACACAAAACACACACUGCACCAUGGUGUCCCCCAAGGAUCAAGAAAGCCUCAUCUACGACGUGAAGAUUUCGUCGGUCGGGCCGGGGAAGGUGAGCGGCCAGGACAUGGCUCACGAACUGUCGAGCACGGACUUGGCCAUGAAACUUCACUAUCUGAGAGGUGUUUACUACUUCAGCAGCCAAGCAGCGGAAGGCAUGAACAUCAAAGCCAUCAAGGAGUCCAUGUUCACUUGGCUCAACCAUCUCUACACCACCUGUGGCCGGCUCAGGCGUUACGACUCCGGUCGGCCCUACAUCAAGUGCAAUGACUGUGGUGUGAGGUUGGUUGAGGCUCAGUGUGUCAAGACCAUUGAUGAAUGGCUUGAGAUGGAUGAUGAUGUCUCUUUCCAGAAAAAGCUUUUGGUUUCCUCUCAAGUCAUUGGUCCUGAGUUGGGUUUCUCACCUACGGUUCUUAUACAGGUAACUCGUUUCAAAUGUGGAGGAAUGUCAGUGGGCCUAAGCUGGGCCCAUGUCCUUGGUGAUGCAUUCUCAGCUGCAGAUUACAUCAACACCUGGGGCCAAGUUAUGGCAGGUCAACAAUCACCCCGAACAUAUUUGGCCCAAUCAAAGGCUAAUAAUGGGGCUUUUCCAAGCCCAUUAAGGCCUUCCAAGGAUCCGCUUUCCGUGAAACGGGUUGGCCCAGUUGGAGACACCUGGAUAACUGCCAAUAACUGUAAAAUGGAGGCAUUUUCCCUCCAAAUCAAUGCAACACAGUUAGCUCACUUGCAGGCAAAGCUAUGUGGCCAAAUUGAUCCUCAGAAAAUUCCACCAUUCGAGACUUUAUGCGCCAUCAUUUGGAAAUGCGUCGCCAAGGUUAGAAAUGGACCAGAACCGAAGAGAGUGACAAUUUGCAAAAAUGAUUCACAUAAUAGCGAAAAUGGGAUUUUGAGCAAUGAUCAACUUGUAGGCGUUGUUAGCGUGAAAUGUCCCAUCGCGGAAGCUGAUCCAAAGGAACUCGCGACACUGAUAAUGAAUCAAGUUGUGGAUGAGCGACGCCAGAUUAAAGAAGCCGUGGAGGGAGAACAAGGAUUGUCUGAUUUCAUUUUGUAUGGAGCAAACUUGACUUUUGUGGAUUGGGAGGAGGCCAAUUUUUAUGGGCUGAAAUUUAAGGGACUAAAGCCGGUUCAUGUGAAUUAUACCGUUGACGGCGUUGGAGAAGAAGGGGUUGUUUUGGUGCUUCCGGGACCUAAAGACAACGACAAGGGUGGCAGCGGUGGAAGAAUUGUGACGGUGAUUAUGCCGGAUAAUCAGAUUAUGGAGCUGAAGUCUGAGCUGAAAAGAGAAUGGUCAAUUGUGUGAAGUAAAUUUUAGAUGAAUACUUGUGUGGUGAGUGUGAUGAUUGUUCUAAAUAUGUCUUGUGCCGAUACUGUAGGUCCAAUAUGGAACCCAUUAUGGGCCCAAGUGCAGCUAGAUUAGGCCCAAUAUGGAACCCAUUGUGGGCCCAAGAGCAGUUGCUUCUUAUGAAAUUAGUACUGUCAUUUGUAGUGCUGUUCUUUGGGCUUUGGCGUUUGGUUUUUCUUGCUUAUAGUUUGAAUCAGAUGUCAAAGUUGUUGUGAAAGGAGUGUUGCUUGGGGAGACUUAUCCAUCUGAAAUUGCUCCUAUUUGCUUUGACAUUAAUUUGGAUCUUCGGAGCUUUUCGUCUGCCUCGUUGACUCAUGUGCAUCAUCAGAGUAAUAGAGUGACUCAUGUUUUGGCCUCUCUUUUGCGGCCGGGGCUUCAGACAGAUCAGGUGUUGUCGUCUCUUCCUCCUUCUAUUGUGCCUCUUGCGGAGGCGGAUUCUGGGUGCUUUUUAUUUUAGGAUUGUUGUGAGUUCUGUUUUGGUUGUCUUUGUCAGGAAAAUAAAAUAAAAAUAAAAAUAAAAAAUAAAUUUGUAGAACCCAAAUGAAUAAUUAGGAAAUUUCCAGAAAGGGCUUGAUAUUUAACUUCAACCAAGCAGUGAUUAGUCUAUUGGAUUAGAAUAAAAUCAAGACCAGUUGUUUCAAUUAGGACAAAUUGCAAAAAAAAAAAAAAAAAAAAAAAAAAAGAAAAA